AUGAAUUCAGACUCCAGCCAAAGCAGCAGAGCCUCUUCCCCGGACAUGGACGUCAUGUCUCUCCGAGAGCACCACCCACACCACCAUCACCACCUCGUAGGCUCCUCCGUGUCCUCAUCUACGCAGAGCGCAGAGCUGCGCCAGAAGCUGAGCGCCAGUGAUCUCCUGAGGUCUGGAGACCCCAAGUCAGUCGAGAGCAGCAGCAGUAGCAGCAGCAGCAGCAGCAGUAGCAACAACUUCAAACUGAAGAAGCAAGUCACCGAGGAGGAAAUGUACCAUCUCCGUCUCAAGAUCAACGGCCGGGAGCGCAAGCGCAUGCACGACCUCAACCUGGCCAUGGACGGUUUGCGCGAGGUGAUGCCCUACGCGCACGGGCCCUCGGUGCGCAAGUUGUCCAAGAUCGCCACGCUGCUUCUCGCCAGGAACUACAUCCUGAUGCUCAACAGCUCCUUGGACGAGAUGAAGCGGCUGGUGGGGGACAUUUACGGAGGGCACAACUCAGCUUUCCACUGCGGCACCGUGGGGCACGCCGCCGGGCCCGGUGGACACCCCGGAGGCCCCGUGGCUGCAGCCGCUGCCGCAGCCGCAGCCGCAGCCGCCGCUCACCAGGUGCACCAGGUGCACCCUCUCCUCGGGAGCGCGCUGACCACCUCCACGUCCUCCACGCUGACGAGCUCGCUACCGGGGCUCACGUCCAUCCGAGCCCCCCACGCACUGAUGAAGAGCUCCCCGUCUGUGCCCCUGCAGCUGGGCCCCGGCUUCCAGCAUUGGGCCGGACUGCCGUGUCCCUGCACCAUCUGCCAGGUGCCCCCUGCACCACACAUCCCCAUCACCACUGCCGGCCUCACGAGACUCACAAUGGAGGGCAAGGACCUGAUGAAAUGA